GUUUCGCGAAAAUGAACUUUAUUUCCGCACACUUUUUGAACGUUUUAUUUGUUGCUGUUUUGUGGAAACGUUAACUACAUUUCUCAUUAUGGCUGGAAUAGGAAUGGCGAAUGAAACACAUCACGUGAUUGACACUGAAGUGUGUCAGUUAAAUGUGUUUGUACAGGGCAGAAUUAUGCCUUCAAAGCCUGUAUUUCUUACUUGUCAUGAUUUGGGCUGUAAUCACUAUCAAUAUGAAGAAUUUGUGGUACAUUCAAAAAUGCUUCCAAUUAUGCAACGAUCGACAUGGGUUCAUAUUGAUUUGCCAGGUCAAGGAGAUGGUGAAGAAGAACUACCAUCAAAUUAUGUGUUUCCUCCGAUCAAUCGACUACCUGAUGCAUUUCGUGAUGUGCUAGCGAAUUUAAAAAUAAAGCAAGUGGUUCUUUUUGGUGAAGGUGCUGGAGCGAACAUUUUGGCGCGGUUUGCAAUUGCUUAUGAUAAUCUUGUACUUGGGGCAAUAUUAAUUAACUGUACUGGAACACCGCCUACAUUUACUGAGUCACUUAGAGAUAAGUUAAUGAACUGGAAAUUAAGCUCAUCUGGUAUGAAUCCAGCCACUGAAAGUUUUCUAAUUGUACAUCGUUUCGGUUCGGUUGUUGAAACUGAGAGUGAAGUGGAAUUACGCAAUGCUGUUGAAAGUUUUCGUCAAAACUUGCGUCAUUCAAUUAAUCCGAAAAAUUUAAACAAAUUUAUCACAUCAUAUAUGCAGCGUAAAAACCUUUCAGAAAGUCUUCCCAGUCUAAAAUGUCCUGUAUUAUUGAUCACAGGAGCUUUAGCUUCACAUCAUAAAAAAUGUCGUCAAUUAUUUGAAGAUCUUGAAAAAAUACGUCGUGAUUCUGGUGGUCAAUCAGCUUCAAGUGAAUUUGUAAUGAUUGAUGAUGUAUCAAAUGUACUGACUGAAAGACCGGAUAAGGUGGUCGACAGUAUGCAAUACUUUUUACAAGGAAUCGGAUUAUUAAGCAAUUUAAAAUUACAAAAAACACCAAUGCAAUUAAAUCGUCGAAUGUCAAUGGAAGAUUAUGAUCGACCAUUGGGUAAAACACAUUUUGUUAGUCGACUUUCACAACAAGUCCCUGAAGAGAAUACAACAUAAAGAAAAACAAUCAAUCUUAAUAAUAAUAAUAAUAAUCAGUUUGUUAUAUUAUUAUUAUUCUUAUUUUCAUUUAAAUGUGUUCAAGUGUAUGAUUUACUUUUUCUCGAAUGAAAAAGUGACCUGAUGAUUGAUUUUUCUUGGCUUUGCACGCUAAAUAAUUCAAAUGGUAUAUAUUUGUUUCUUUAUAGUUUAUUUGUGCACAUUUAUAAAUACAUAUACAUGUUUGUUUAUAACCAUUAUGGGAUAAAAAAAAAGAAGAAGAUGUACUGUAACAUUGUAUACUGUAUUUUUAAGACUAGUAAUUGUACUACUUAUAUAUAUAUAUUACUAUCAUUACUAUUUUAAGUACCGUUCAACUUGUAUUUGGUGCACACAACAGGACAUAACACCAUGACAAAAUAUUAAAAAGUAAAUAACCUUUUUUUUUUAAAAAAGUUAUGCUUUAGUUAAAUAUUCAUUACAGUAAGGGAUAUAUAGAAUAAUAAUGUAAACUGGAAAAUAACCAUAAUAUAAAAUUGUUAUAAAAUGGAUCAAUUCUUUUUCUAAACCAGUUCAAUUAUCAUUUUAAUUAGUAGUAGUAGUAGUAACAGUAGUAUAUCUUUAUCAAAACUUAUCAUAUUCGAUUCAUACUAUUCAUAUGUGUUAUUGUUAUUACUUUACAUUGAUUCUUCUCAUUUAUUAUUUUAUCUUUGUAAUUCAUUUUGUUCCUUCUUUUUUAAAAAAAAAAUUAUGUUCCUAUAAUUGAUCAUAAAUAGUAUUUGAUUUUAUGUUUCCUUUAGUUUUUAAUAUGAAACUAAAAUAAUCAA